AAAAAAAAAACCAAAAAGAAUUAAAAUAGUGUAAUAAUGUAAUGUUUACAAUGUUAAAAAUUACCGGACGAAAACACGGACAAAAAAGAUCCAAUUGGCCAAUCGCAUUUGAAUAACUAAACUAAUUAGCUGAUGCGAUUGGUCAAUUCUUUUUUUUCCGCACGCUUAUAGAAAAGUCAGCUAGUAACUGUGUGCGCUCAAUGUUUAUUGUUCACGAGAGAACAUUCAACAAUAAUAUCACGUGAACAUACUUUUGAAACAUUCGAAUAACGUAUCUAAUAACCUUUUAACGUGCACCAUGAUUCUCCCCUAACUCCGGUGCACAAGGUGAACGAUGAGUCCUAAUAAAAGAAAAAUAUUUGCGUCGGACUCGUCCGACGAAGAUGACAGUUUCAAACAUCGACGUAGCUCUUUAAAAGUCAACUUGAGUUAUUGCGAGAAUUUAACAGAUUCCGGGAAUGGAUCUCUUUGGAGAACCCAGAUUGAGAAUGACAAAAAAAGAACAGAGACUGCGCGAAGUAUCAAAGGAUUGUUUAGAGGCAAGAGUUCAUUCGAGAAAAGUCGCCUAUCUGAUCUUGACACUAAGGCAACAAGUGAUUUAAACAAAUGCACUGAUAAUAACAGUGAAACGUCUGUUCAAAUCAAAGAAGGAAUACAAUUAAAACAUCUUACUAUAAAUCUGGAGGACAUAAGGACCAAGGAAAAUCACUUGGAAACCAGUUGCAAGCGUUUGAAAGAUGCAAUCUUAUGCAAGACUAAACAGAUAUUUGAUAGAGAAAAUGAGCUUUCCAUAAAAAUUACAAAGGUACUAGGAAAUCAGGAAAAUGGUCUUGUGAGUAGUACACAUAAUCAAAAUAUUGAAAACAAAACAGUUAUGCUGGAUAUGACUGAACGACACAUUAAUACCUCGAGUGAUCAGUGGAAGGAUCAAUACUGCAAUAUGGUUGCUACACCGACGAACAGUGACAAACGGAAAAAUCUCGAAAAAACUGUAGAUAAAUCUAGAUUAACUCAAAAACGAUUGUUUGUUAAGAAGGACAGGCAGGUGGAAGAGCAAACAAAAUGUAAAAUUAUUGAGGAUGUUAUUCUGAAGAAAAAUAAUCCGUUAAUUUCACCAAAUCAAUCAAAUCAAAGUGGCAGUCCUAUAUUAAGCUGCAGUAACAGAAGACUCAGUUUGUUCAGAACGCGAACUAAGUCAUGUUCGCAAAAUCAAGUCGAAAACCUUAACAAUUCUUACUCGACUGUGCACUCUGUUCAGAAUAUAGGAAUGCCUGUUGGUUGCUCCACUUUCAUUGAGGAUGCAAUGGACGAGAGAGAGAUUAAUAAUGUGGACAUGUCUUGUGCUACACAUACAACAAAUAAAGUAGUAUCUAUGGAGAUUACAGAAGUUUAUGGCGGUAUUCGUACAAGUGACAAACACAUAUCUCUACAAAAUAGGAAUUCAGAUAUAAAUAAUUGUAAUGAAAACAGCAUAGAAAAGGAAUCCAAAGAAAGAAGGAUGAAGCGAAACAACGUUACAGCGAGAUUAGAAAAUGUGGAGGAUUUAGAUCCUGCAAAUAAAGUUACUUCACCAAAUAAUAGGCAUUCUUAUUUAUCUUGGACAGAUGAUGAAAAUGAUGAGGAUAUGGAAAAUAUUCACGUAGAUACAGUUGUACCUAAGCAGGUAUCCAUUGAUCAAGCAGCAAUUAAAGUUACAAAGACACAUGAUGUAUGGCAAGCGAACGAGUGUAAGACUAAAUAUCAAAAGGAGAAACGCUGUACGAAAUCUCUAUCUGAUAGUCAUGACACGAUUCGAUCAUCUUUGAAUGUAAAUACUUCAUUGGAUGAAGUAAUAGAAACUAAUAAAAUGAAGAACCUUUGGAAACCGGGCAACCACAAAACUAAUGAUGCCAAUCAAAAUUUUCACGCGACAAUUAGCAAUAAAGAAUCAAGUGUUUCGAAUGAUCAACGCGAAAGCGUGAAUACCGUUCGAACAUCAUUGCAGAUGAAUACAUCGGUAGAUUCUAUACGCAAAAUGUGGCAAAGAAGAAGCGAUAAGAAUGAUAAAAAUCGAGAUUAUUUAAAUAUGGAUGUGGAACAUUUAUUCACAAUAAGAAACGAAGAAACGAAUGACUUAGACGUUUUAGAAAACAUUAGUUUAAUCGAGAGAUUAAGGAAUAUCUCUGUGAGAAAUCGGGUUUCUCAUAACGAUAAAUUAAGAGUUUCUAAAAUGAGAGAUGAAGAUAAAAGGCAGUCGAUUAACAGCAGAGAUAGUUAUAGUUACGUCGAGGCAACUCCAUAUCCAAUAAGUCGUUCGGUUUUGUUUAAAUCACAAUUAAAAUCUAAAACACAACAUUUGGAUGAUGGAACAACUUGUAGCAGCAAUUUAAAUUCGAUGGAUCAUGAGAACAAUGAUAAAACUAAGUCAAUUGCUUUGCAUUUAAAAGUUUCAAAUGAAACAUAUGGAUUGAAUAAUGGAAAUGGAACCCAAAAAGCAACAGUUGAUACAGUUAUUUUGGAAGACAUAUCUAGUUGUAAUCCUUCCAUUACUCAAAAUCAAUUGACGGUCGCAGAAAAUAUAUCUGAUAGGACAAAGUCUGAAAAAGAUGGAAAGAAUAUGACUGUACAAAACACGGAACACGUUUCAGAGAGAAGGAGAAGAAGAAAAUUAUUGCCACUUACAGAAACUUCUCAAUUGUGUUCGAUUAGUCCAGUAGAGGAAAAAAAGUAUUUAUCUGAGGAAUCGACGUCUUCAAAACGAAAUAAAAACCCAAAGAAGAAACUUCCGAAAAGAAAAUUGUGUUCCAAGAAUAAUACAAGUUUCAAGAAUAAUAUCAAGUGGGAUACUGCAAGUAAACAAAUGUGGUCAGACAGUGAUAGCGAUAUAUCUGAAAAUAAGAAAAAGGAGAAUAAGAAGACGCGAAAACCGAAAAAGGUUGUUAGCAAGAAGAUCAUUAUCAAAAAAUAUGCCGAUGAAAAUAUGUUGAAUAUAUUACAAGAGAACAAACGGAAUAAGGAAGAGCAUUUGAAGGUAGAAGGUAGAGAUUCAUUUGAUGAUUUUGUGGAAUGUCGCACAAUAUCUACUCAAUGGAAUAAAUACAAAUCCCAAAAGAUUGUCAUCGUAACGACUGGCUUAUCAAAAGAGGACAAAAGCUUGGUAAAGAGUAUUGUCAAAUCUCUUGGUGCAGCAGAACUGGAGUUGAAUGUGUCAAAGCGAACGACUCACGUCGUGAGUACGGGCGUGCGCACAGUGAAUCUUCUUCGAGGGAUAAUAAGAGGCUGUUGGCUCGUUACUUUAGAGUGGAUAUUGAAAUCCUUAGAGAACAACACUUGGCUGGAUCCAGAGACGUUUGAGAUGAAACAUUUCUCUAAAGCUGUACAGGAAAAUCGGAAAGAUAGGCAAUUAUUUGGACUCUCAUAUAUUCCGGAAUUGUUCACCGCGUGUGGAUUCAUCCAUGUUGAACGCCAAACAACAAUGCCGUGUGAUACACUUAAGGAACUUAUAAAAACAGCGGGCGGACACAUUACUGAUAAUACCAAGCUCGCAAAAAUUAUUAUUGGCACAAAUGGCUUAAAAGAAACCUGGGUUAUAGAUUCUAUUACAACAGGUGAACUACAAUUGACCAAACUUUAUCAGCGGAAUUGAAGUGGAAAGUACAACUCGUUUAAAUUACAUACAAAUUUAAAGAUUUGAUGAAUUAAAAUUUUGUCGUAUGUUUAGUACAAAACAUUUCUAUGAAAUUAUUUUUUUGAAAUUAUUUUUUCAACAGUUUAUGAGAUCAUGUGGAAAAUAUUUGUACACUACUUUUAUUUAAUAUCUAUUCAUAUAUAUUAUUGAUAAAAGAAAUUCAGUUGUUACAUUAUAUUUAUGUGUGUUUAGUUAAGUGAAGAAUACUUACAUAAGUAAUUUAAUUUCUAAAAGAAAUUGGUAUAAAGUGAGACAUUUCAGAUUUACUAACAAAAACAAGUUAAAUAUUUUUAUUAGGUAAAAUAUUUACCUAUCACAUCAUGUACUUUAUAUAUAAUACAAUCAUAUAUAUUUACAUAUUAUAUAUAUAUACAUAUAUACACACAAUACAUCGCAA